UCGCGUGCCGAGCGAGGCGCCGCGCUGCCCCGCCGCACCGCCGCCCCGGCGCCGGAGCAGCGGCGAGACGCCGAGCAUGCCCGGGCAGUGGCGCCUCGGGCGACGCCGCGGCCGGUGAUGGCGCGUGAGCUGGAUCGUCGGCAGCAGAUUGCGAGCGAGGCGGCCACGACAGUCAGCCAGAUCUUCAACCAGAACUUGACCUCUUCGGGCAUUCUCACCGCCACGCCGUACACGACGGUCGUGUACGAGUUCCCGGGCGCGCUGUACCCCGUGCCGACGGACACGCGCGGCAUCGCAGCGCUGCGCUCCGUGCUCGGCGACGCUGCCGCGCUCUCGACGUACGACGGCUACCUCGGCACGGCGUACAGCGUCUUCAACGCCAACAAGAAUGCGCAGUACGGCUCGUACGCGCUCGGGCGCAUCCGCACGAGCAUUGCGGCACAGGCGCUCGAGAAGAGCCUCGCCUCCGUGUUCGCCAUCUCGGACUCGUCGAGCUUCUCGCAGGAGUACUUUGAGCUCUUCACGCAGGCCGACCCCGGCUGGACGAGCCGCUACAGCCUCGGCGUCGCGGUGCCGUCGUUCCUGGCGCGCCCGACGAGCAGCGUCGCGCCGGGCGCCGCCUCGAGCGCCGCGCCCGAGCAGCAGAGCAGCAGCUCUGGCGGCACCAUCGCAGGCGCCGUCGUCGGCGUGCUGCUCGGCGUCGCGGCACUGGCUGCGCUGCUCUUCUUCCUGCGCCGCCGGCGUCGCCGCAACGGCGCUGCGUCGCGCCCCUUCAUCUCGCGCCCGCACCUGAUGGAGGGCGGCGGCAUGUCGGAGCGCCUGCACAGCACCGACGGUCGUCACGAGGAGCUGCCGCUACAGGGCGGCCUCCGGCGGCCGAGCCUCGUCUCGCACGCCUCCACCAUGCUCGCCGACCCGUUUGGCAAGCAUCUCUCUGAGAAGAGCGAGAGCACGUCGAUGCUGCCGAGCUCGCCGCCGCCGCCGGGCACGCCCAAGGCGGCGUCGUUUCUGCAGCCGUCGCACCCGCUCGCCGCUGGCGCCAUGCGCUCCGCCUCUCCCGGCGGCAGCAGCGCAUUCAGCAUGCCGCCUGACUCGCCGUGGCGCAGCAGCAACAUGGCGCCGCAGCCCAGCGUGCGCAGCACCGACUCGUACAUGCAGCCUGCCAGCACGGCGUCGCCGCCGCCGGGCGGCCUCACCUGGGAAGCCGUGCCCGCGCACCAGGUCUCGGACGUCGUGCCGCUCAUGGUCAUGGACGGCGGCAGCCCGGCGCCGAAGCCCGCGACGCCCGGCUCGCAUCCGCUCAUGUCCGCCAUGAGCGCCAGCUCACCCGACCCAUGCACGACCGCACCCUCGGCCACUCCUCCGCCGCCACCGCCGCCCAAGGCCAAGUGAGCCCGUGCUGCGCUCCCAUCUUCCUCUGUCACCGUCACUCUCUUUCAGGUCGCCUUCCGCGCCGGCGCCACAUACCACGGCGCAUGCUGCACUCUGCCUGUCACAUCUAAUCGUUCCUAGGCACACGCUGCUUCGUCUCAAUGUCAUUCAGUAUGUCAC